CUCCCUCCCCUUUCUCCUCCCCCUGCCCCCGAGGAAAGAAAGAAAGAAGAACAGAGUCCACACGGCAGAGGCCAGCGGCGGAGAAGCGGGAUGCCGAUCCUGUACGCGGUGGUAGCGCGGGGCGCGACGGUGCUGGCGGAGCACAGCGCGGCGGCGACCAACGCGGGCGCCGUCGCGCGCCAGGUCCUCGAGCGCCUCCCCGGCGGCGGCGCCGACAGCCACGUCUCCUACACCCAGGACCGCUACGUCUUCCACGCCAAGCGCACCGACGGCAUCACCGCCCUCUGCAUGGCCGACGACGCCGCCGGACGGCGUAUCCCAUUUGCUUUCCUCGAGGAUAUCCAUGGAAAGUUUGUUAAGACAUAUGGCCGUGCUGCACUGACAGCUCUUGCUUAUGCAAUGAACGACGAAUUCUCAAGGGUUCUCAGUCAGCAAAUGGACUACUAUUCAAAUGACCCUAGUGCAGAUCAAAUCAACCGAAUGAGGGGCGAAAUCAGUCAGGUUAGGAGUGUUAUGAUUGAUAAUAUUGAUAAAGUCCUUGAAAGAGGUGACCGUUUAGACCUAUUGGUGGACAAGACUACAACUAUGCAAGGAAAUACGGUUCGAUUCAAAAGACAAGCUCGCCGCUACAGAAGCACAACUUGGUGGAGAAAUGUCAAACUCACGGCCGCGUUGAUACUCCUCCUGCUUGUAAUAGUAUACAUCGCCCUCUUCUUCGUGUGCCACGGCUUCACCUUGCCGACUUGCAUCAGGUGAGGGGGGCCAGGGGCAUAUAAAUUCGCCUCGUGGUGUGCUUGUGUCCAUGGCUUGCCUGUCUCCCAGCCCAGGAGAGCGACCGUUGCAGCACCAGUGCAACCAGUCGCAUUGCAAAAUUAUUUUUUGUGUGUAGAGAGGAAGGGGAGGGACCUGAGCCUGCUAUUUAUUCUGUAAUUGUGACGCCUUGGAUUGUGAAGACUCCUUUUGGAACGUAAUCGAGUGCCUUGCUCAUUCAA